ACUCAACUUAAAAGUUGUGUGACCACCCUCCCUUUAAAAAAAUAUAAUUGAAAAAGAUAAAGGUCGGUAACCACCCUCCCUUUCCUGCACCCAUAGUUCCCACACUUGUGACCCCCAUUCGUAAAUUAGAUAAGGUUAGUAACAUGAACCAAGGAACCAAAACCAAACGGAAAAGCCACUCCUCUUCUCCGACUAGAAACCGCCACCGUACAACCACCCAACCGCCGCCACCAAAAUCCACACUCUUCGACACACAGUUAGUUACAGCAAAAGAAGAAGAUGACCAACUUACUUCCUUCCGUGACCUAACGAUAUCUCAAUCAUCUGAUAAGUUAUUUACAAACCCUAGAAGCUUCCCUUACAGCGUGAAGCAACAAUGUUGGGAUAAAGCCGAGAAAAUCAAAGGGCGUGAUCCUGAUCGGUGGCGGCGUGAUCCCCUCGGCAACACUAUCUUCCGUAAGCUUGUUGGUUGCCCUGGCUGUUUAUGCCAUGAUUAUGAUCACAUUAUUCCUUACUCUAAGGGGGGGCAAAGCACAUUGGAAAAUUGUCAGGUUUUGCAGGCAACAGUUAAUCGGUCCAAGGGGAAUCGUACUGAGAUGUCUAGAGCUGAUCUUAUUCAGAAAAGCUCUUACUGCAGGGUUUCAGGGCGUGACAUGGAUCUUCUUGAAUUAUCAGCCUAUGGCAACGUUCGCAGAGGGCAAGGUUCUGGAGGAUGUAUCAUGCAAUGAUCACUCAUGAAAGUAUGUUCCAGAUUUGUUCUCCUAUUUAUAACCCUGAUCACUAUAAUCUGUAUAGAAUAGCAUAACUGCAUUUGCUUUUGUUCUGUAUUGUACUAAUCAAGCCUACAACUUGAGUUUACAAAUUCCUUAUUCAAGGUUGAUUCAAAGGAUCUUCAUGGA